AUGGCUUUCACUUGUAUAAGUAAGAAGAAUCUUCAAAUGGAGCUUCAGAACUUGGAUUCCUUUUCUAAUCCAAAGCAGUACUUGGAGCAAUAUCCAACAUCUGCUCACGUAGCGAGUGAUAUAUUAUUCGAUAUGCAGACACGGAAUGACGCAAUCGAAGGAAAGGUUGUUGGUGAUCUCGGCUGUGGAGCCGGAAUGCUUUCUCUUGGAGCUCAUUUACUUGGUGCAAGCUUCGUUGUUGGUUUUGAUAUCGAUGAAGAUGCCAUCUCAGAUUUUCAGACAAAUUUGAAUGAAAAUCUUCCUCCACAAUCUGCAGCUUGUAUUAACUUGGUACUCGCAGAUGUUACAAAACUUACUCCUCCCAGAGUCAAACCCUUUGAUACCGUAAUUAUGAACCCUCCCUUUGGAACUACAGAUAAAAGCAAAGGAAUUGACUCGGAGUUUUUAAAAUUCGGUCUCAAUGUGAGCAAGAAACAUGUCUAUUCUCUACAUAAAACCACCACUCGAGAUCAUAUUGUGAAAACAGUUCAAGGACUUGGGGCAAACUGUGAAGUGAUUGCAGAACUACGAUUUGAUAUCCCCAUGAUGUACAAAAAGCACAAAAAAGCCUCCAAGGAUAUUGCUGUUGAUUUUGUUCACUCUUGGUUUGACUAA